AGCAAUGUUUAAUUUCACUUAGUAGCUUUAAUUUCACUUUAAAAGCAGAAAACACAGUGGAUCUGUAAAAGGCUCAAACUUUAUGUGAAAACACGCCCACUACUUUGGGAGGAAUCAAGGUCAUUCACAAACUCACCAUCAGCUGUGCGCAAUUGUCUGCGCCAGCCAAUGGGUGACAAGAUAGGUGGCUCUCCAACACCCGCAGCUGUGAUUAGGAAAAUCUGUGGGGCAUUGGCAGGAGAGGAGCAUUUGAGCUUGAAGGUGAGGUGAGUGGCGGUGGUGUGAAAGACGGGACUUCAUGGAGUAGGCCGUAGGCGUAUUGGUGGUUAUGUUGCACCAAAACGGUAACUGCUUAGGCCUUUACAUAUUUUGCACAAACUCUUCAUCCAAAACGGACUUUACUCGGACAGGCGCUGGUUUGUUUUUGGAGAGCAUCACCCUCUGGUAUGUUUUUUGUUUUGGGUUUGUUCGAAAACUUGAAACGGAUGAACACGUUUAAAAUCAAUCAUCAAUAAUAUUUUUUUUGUUUGUUUGUUUUUUAAUUUCGGGACGCGUGUUUGUUAUCAGCCUCUCACACCGCUUGGAAGAUGUCUGAAAGAUCGCAGAGUCCUGAGUGCCAAAGCAGGCCUUAUGACUUCAGCCGGGUCAACCCGUGCUCCCAGGUUUUGGGUCAAGAUGGUUUGGGCAGCGCUGCGUCAUUCCAGCUUCCUCACGGCGUUCUGCCAGACCCGAGUCUUCUCUACAACAAAACCGCUUACAGUGGCAUCACACCGGCCACUGCGCAGACAUUUUUCCCUUUCUCAUCCGUGGCCAGUGACUACAGGGGAACCGACCUACAGGCUGGAGAGUUUGGGCAACCCAAGCACUGGUAUCCCUUUGCUGCGCCAGAGUACACCGGCCAGGUACCCGGCGUAACUGCAGCUACCCAGCCUACAAACCUGAGCCCCCCCAUAGCCGAGACCCGGGAGCAAAUCAAACUGCCCGAGAUAAAGACUGAGAAGGACACCGGCAAUGACUUCUCAACGGAGAUGAAGGGUCAGCAGUACCCGACACCGCCUGCCUCCGCCGCCAUGCCCCAUGGAGUCUUCUACCCUGCGGCCUGGAACCCGUCCUUCUGGCCGGGGAUCGCCCACAUUACCCCGCCCGGUAACAGUAAUCAAAAUCCCUCAACAUCCUCCGCAUCGUCCCCAUCUAUGUCCCCGUCACCCCCGAGCAACGGGCUUCCAGGAAACGCGUUUUUCAGUGUGAACCCAACCCAAGCUGCCCCCGGGCCCCAGACGCAGAACCCGGCCUCCUCCACGCGGAGCAGCGGGUCCUCCAGUGGAGGGUGCAGCGACUCCGAGGAGGAGAACCUCUCCACUGAGGAACUGGAGCAGUUUGCCAAGGAACUGAAACACAAGCGCAUUACUCUGGGUUUCACACAAGCGGAUGUUGGCCUGGCCCUGGGUAACCUUUAUGGUAAGAUGUUCAGCCAGACGACCAUUUGCCGCUUUGAGGCUCUGCAGCUCAGUUUCAAGAACAUGUGCAAGCUGAAACCCCUUCUUCAGAGAUGGCUGAAUGAGGCAGAGACCUCAGAGAAUCCCCAGGACAUGUACAAGAUUGAGAGAGUAUUUGUUGACACCAGGAAGAGGAAGAGGAGGACCAGUCUGGAGGGAGCAGUGCGCUCUGCUCUGGAGUCUUACUUUAUCAAAUGUCCCAAACCCAACACCCAGGAGAUCACACACAUCUCAGAUGACCUGGGCCUGGAGAGGGAUGUGGUACGUGUUUGGUUCUGCAACCGAAGACAGAAAGGGAAGCGCCUGGCUUUGCCACUGGAUGAGGAGUGCGAUGGCCAGUAUUACGAGCAGAGCCCUUCCCCACUAAACAUGGCUCCCUCCCCCAUUCCCAGUCAGAGCUACCCUUCUACCAGCUAUCCUGGAGCCCCUCCUCCCACACUGUACAUGCCCCCACUUCAUCGGCCCGAUGUCCUGAAACAAGCCCUUCAUCCCGGACUUGUUGGUCACCUGACUGGAUAAACGUGCUCAGGCACUCCCUGCCAAAUCCAUAGAUUUCAUUCUCAAGCCUCUGUCCAACCCCAACUCUAGCUGCAGACGAGCCUCUGAAUCCAACCACCCGAUUGGCCGAUAAUAUCGGUGGACCUCGGGAUAUAGAAACUUUAAGGCGGAAGGCUUUUCUCAACUGCAGCAACGAGACGAAUCAAAGUAGCUUCUUGUUCCUGUUCUUAUGCAGAAACUUAACAAAUUGCCACGGGCCACAUCCUCCAACCACAACCUGAAACUCUACAGCAACUGCUUUGAAUGGAAUGUUAAAUGUGCCUUUGUGUUUUUGUGUUCUUGGAUUAUUCAUAGUAAGUUAUUCCAUAGGCUUUAAUCAUUCGCAGUUUUCGAACAAAGUAGGAUUUGGUGCUACAAUAUAUAGUCCAGCUGUGGAAUGAUGGUGUAAAUAUGAGCAGGGUUAAAGAACCAGGGUAUUCCUUCCACUUGUGCUAAAUCCUGGGUAUGUUUUCUCUGGUGCAGAUGAGGAAGGAUCUGGGGUAACAAGGGAAUCGCCAUGUGAGGAAAUACCUCUUUAAGCAGAAUUCAUCUUUGACAGUUGGGUCAACAUUUGUACGAUACUUGUCCCAUCUGAAAAGAGCAGCUGCAGUAUUUGUCUAAACUGUCUUCCAUUGAAAUGGAAAAUAUAAAUUCUCAUUAAGGUGAAUUUUUUUUUUCCCAUUGAUUUUUGCACAAGUUGCUUUUGUAAUGUUGAAUAAUCUUUUUAAAAAUGUCCUGUGUGUGUAUACCAAAACCAGAUUUUCUCCUAUAGUUGUUGGGUUGUCAUUGCCAUCUUGAGCAAAUAUUUUAGCAGCAAUGGGGGUGGGGGGAGAUUCAACAUAUUUUGAAGAAUUGUGACAAAUGUCUUGUUACUCACAAAUGUUUUAGCUGCUAUGGCUUCCAUUUGCACAAUGUCAAUAUUUUCUCUACAUGUCUCAGAUGAAUGGUAAUGAGAGAAACGUCUGACCUGACUAGAUCAACCAUUGUCAAGUUGACAAACUGUAUUCAAAUACCUCAUUUUGAUUUUAUUGUAAAGGGGUUUUUUGUGUUAAUGAUGAAAUAACACUCGAUCCUCACUGGA